UUGCCGCUUGUUAUUACCUUGCUACUAUUAUUUCUCGUCCAUUCGCAGAAAGAACAGUACUACUCUGAGCAACACUCUUCCUUGAUUAACAAGGCCUACCAAACACUCCUGAACCCUUUGAGCCGUGGCCUCUAUCUACUGGAGCUGAAUGGAGUAAAGCCGGCACAAGAGACAGACUGUGAUGGAGACUCAGUGUUUCUCACGGAAAUCAUGGAAAUUAAUGAGAAAUUAGCAGAGCCUAAAAAUGCGGAUAUCCUUGAAGAAAUUGAAACUUUAAUUAAAGUUAAACAAGAAGAACUGACCAAAGAGGUGACUGCAGCUUUUGAAAGAGAUGAUCUUCAAGAAGCUAAGAAACUUCUAGCCAAAAUGAAAUAUUUUGCAAACUUAGAGGAUAAACUAAAGAACAAGAAGAUCCCUUCCUGAUACUGCCUCCUUCACCAUUAAGAGUUAAUGUUAUUUUCAAUUAAACAGCUGAUUUAGUUACUAAAAUCAGAAAAAUGGUGUUUGCUUCCUACGUUUUCAUUAAAAGCUUUAAUUCUGAGAGAAGGAAGAUAAACAUAAAAGAGAUCCAGUGCUUACUGUAGCACUUACUAAGUAACAGCUGGAAUCGGGAAGUGCUUACAACCAGAAAAAGUUGUCAUAAGUAAGGUAGGACUACUGUCCUAGCAGUUACAGGUAUGGAGAGGAGUAUCAGAGAGGCACACAAACACCAUAUGCAAUUAAGAUUUCUUACUUUUUGACUACUAAAAUACGAAGAAUUUAUUUUAAGUUGAGAAAGGGUCCUGGACAAAAUGUUGGCGAUUACGCAGAAAGCUCAUUCAAAAGGUCCUUCAAGCUCUCUGUAGUCUCCUUGUGUGUGUUCUAUCAGACCACCUUGAAAAACCUUUAAAGGUGAAAUGUAUUUAAUUCCUAUCAUCUGUCCUCUCUGCUACUUAGUGCUUUUUGUGAUGUUGAUCUCAGUCUGCCGGGAACUGACCUUCAAAACUAGAAGAGGUUCUACCCUGUUGCACAGUUUAAAAUGUUAAGAUGCUAGGUUAGGGCAAACAAAUAAACCCAAACUCAAAACCCAGAAACUGUUUUUAUUAGUACCCUUUUAGGAAACAAGUCUUUCUAAUAAACUUUAUUACAAAUAACAGUAAUUCAGAUAGGGGCUGUACUGGCUUUGUACAGUUACAGUAGUAGGAGUAGAUGAGGAAUGUCCUUAAAUCUUUCAAAGAAGUUAUUUAAGUGAAAAACAGCAACUAAAUACCCCAAUUUAUAUAUAAACUAGAAUAUUUCAAGUAUUGAUUUCUCAGUAGGUCAGUUCUUGUUUGGGUUUUAAUGCCUCAGAAUAUUUUAUUCAGUAAAGCAGUAACAUAUGCUUGAUUACCCGAACCUGAAGGGGCUUAGAAAUAAAAGAAGAGCUACUGAAUUAUUAGAAGAAAUCUGCCGGGGGGAGGAAUUCAUUGAACACCCUCUCCUGGCAUUCCUGCAUUCCUACAACAUCAAGUUGUAACUAAACAUUGAGUCUUCUAUGUAUAAUAUAAUACGGUUUUAAUAGCAUUUCAGAAAGAUUAACUUGCCUUUAAUUAAACUUCCUCUAAAUAUACAGGAGGAUUUAAUAAGCUACUUGUUCGUGGUAUUACACUGCUAAUUUAGAAGACACUGUUCAUAAUUCUCAUUUAAGUUCUGUUACAGCUGU